AUGAUACGGAUUGGAGAAUGCAUGAUCGAAUUGGCAAGUUCUUCAACACUGGAAGUGAUUGUAGCAGAGAAAAUCGAUCGGCGAAGUUUUGGAUUUGAACAUGCUGUUAAUAUGCGGUCUGUCUGUUCAACAAACUUGGAUUCGAAUAAUUUAUCGGCCUCAUCAAACACAACUUGUUCGACCUUAGAAAGGUCCAUCACCCCCUCACCUAGAAGAUCAAUAAGUCUUAAUGGAGUUGACACCAAAAUGUCAAAUUUGGAGCUAGUUAAGACCUUGUUGCGCAAUUUCCCGGCAAUAGAUUUGUUCAAAAUUCCAACUUGCAGACUGCUAUCCUUGCACAGUUUGACGAGCUCAUUGAAAAUUUGGGUUGACAGCUCCUUAGUUGGAGAAAUAACCAAUCCACGAAUACCAUGGUUCUUACGUCCACGACCUAGCUGUUGCACAAGAGGAAUUAUAAAUGCUAAAGUCUUACCAGAACCAGUGGGGGCACAGCAAAUAAGGUCUCGAUCAGCCAAGCUUGCGGGAAUAGCUUCGCACUGA